AUGUGCAAGCUCGACACGCUGUUUCGGAAACGUUGGACGGUUGAGGUUGUUGCUAAGAUGGAAAACGCGCGUUUUUUAACUUAGCUGUUGUAUAGGGCAUGUUUUUUUGUUUGUUAACGGGGUUUUUGCGUUAUGUUCACGGUUGGGUAUGUGUGCUUUUGGUUGGUGUGAGAGUUUUGAGAAUGUUUGCUGUGGAAAUGAAAUUCAAAAUUCAGAAAGAGGAAUAUGAUACAUUCCUUCUGACCUUCGGCAAUAAACAAUCAAGACAAUGUCAGACGCACCUGACCAGCAAUAUAGUCUCAAGUGGAGCAAUCACCCCGACAACAUCCUGAAUGCGCUCGAUACCCUCCUACAAUCUGAAAACCUCGUAGAUGUCACCCUGAUCUGCGGCAAAUCGUCACUUCGAGCCCACAGAGUAAUACUGAGCGCCUGCUCCCCCUUUUUCCAGAAAAUUUUCGCUGAGACACCCUGUAAUCACCCGGUCGUGGUUCUGAACGAGUUCCAAGGAGCAGAGGUCCAAGCCUUGAUCAACUUCAUGUAUAGAGGAGAGGUAAGCGUUGCCCAUACGCGACUAGACGCUCUCAUGAAAGCCGCUGAGAGCCUACAGAUCAGGGGAUUGGCGGAUAAGAAGAAUCCCGAUCCCGUUCACGCUGUGAUCUACGAAGGUGACGAGAGUGGCUGUGGUAGCAAUUACCUGAAUCAAGCCAGCGGUUUGGGAGCCGCUGCUGCUGUGAGAUCACCUGCUGAAGGAUCUACGCCAGUGAGAAUAGGUUCCGUAUCACCAUCUACAUCAUCGACCUAUGACCAUCCGUCAAAACACGUAAGGCAGUCAUACAUGGAGGUUCCUACGACAAGGGCGGUAGAUUGUAUAUCGCCAACACCAAGGAGGAAACAAGCAAGGCCACGAAGGCGUUCUGGAGAUAACUGCAGCGUGCAAGACCUGUCAACUAGCUCGCCCAGGUCGCCAGUACAGCAGGAAGAAGUAGCAGAAAACUUGUGUAUAAAGAAAACUGAAGAGAGGCCUUUCCAAUCGAAGAGAGAAGUUAUCGAAGUAGCUGCUUCGUUGCCUGACCCACCACAGGCAGAUGUAGAAAUGAGAGAUUACAGGACUUCACCGAUUGUGCUGAACCAACCUCCGAUGGGUCUUAAUCAGGACAUGGAUAGUCAUCCUCACAUGCCGUUUCCACCAAUGCCGUCUGUAUCAGCUCUGGCUAUGACCCCACCUCAUGGAAAAUAUUUUGGAAUGGAGCCUCAGCCUUUAGGCCUGUUUCCUCCAGGUUUAGAGAACUGCAGGAAUCCGUUGUACGAAAUGGACCACAGGGCUCAGGAUCCUCAUGGGCUCGUCAAGAAAAAGAGUAAGUCCAGUGCAAACGAUCUAAUAGCAGGUUUAGAAAAUUUAUCGAUCGGAAAUAAAGAUCCAAAAGAUAACCCAAUUUUGAAGAAAAUUGCGAAAGUCGCACCCAAACGAAAACCCAGACCAAGGGUUGUUUCCAAGUUUGAUAAAUUUGGUAGACCUAAAGGACAACACUCAGCACCGAGAGGAGGGCCCCCAAGGUCGUGGACCAACUCAGAACUGACGAAUGCCCUUCAGCACGUGUGGAACAAGAAGAUGACCACGAGCCAGGCCUCUAGGGUGUUCGGCAUCCCUUACAACUCCCUCCUCAUGUACGUCCGAGGCAAAUACGGCAAGAGUCUCAAGCUGGAACAGCUGCGCAAAGACUGCAUAGGCGCAUCAAACCAAACUUCAGAUCUGAUGGCGGUGAACAGCACGAACAACAACAACACAGUCGUGAAGACAGAGAGGGAGGCAGAACCCAUGCAGCCCAACACCAGGCCAUCCAGCGUGGAGAGCCAACCCCCACCGCCAGCACAUCCACAUUUCUUGAACCCAUUCUUGAACAACUUCUACCCCGAGUUCAACAAUUUUCCCCUUCCCUUGAUGCACCAGUUCAUGCCGCAAAACGACAGGAGCAGGGAGCAUUUUAACCAGCCGCAGCAACAACCACAAGCUCAGCUUCCUUCUCCUGAGGUGGAUAACAGCAAUUCUGAAGCCCUCGAAGAAGACACUGAGCGUUUCAGGUCGCCCACGCGAUCUAUCGACGAACGUCAGCAGAACGGGCAGGAUUAGGAAGAAACCUGCUUCGACGCCAGGUUGGUCUCGUCGGGGUCCGCCAGAUGGGACUAUCAUGUAAAUUUGCUUCGUUUGUACAGACUUUAUUUUGACAUUAUUCAAAAUUGAGAAAAUUGAUUUUAUUGUAAUUCUGAUGUUAAAUUGGAGGAAGAGAGUAAAUUGGGGCAAUAUUAUUAUAGUGACUGAUAUAGGUGAAAAUUUUUAAGGAAGUUUUUAAACGUUCUCUUGUUGAACCGUGAAUUUAUUUGUGUGAUCACUGCUAAGUGGCUCGUUGUUCAUAAUAUGUUAUUUAGGCUAAGGAUUGUAUGUGCUUCCUAAUUUCUUUGUUCUCAAUACUAAAUAUCGACUCUUGCUCUUGGAGCGAGCGUCGACUGUUGAUGAAGUGGGGAAGAAACACUUCCUACGAUUUUAAUUGAAAUAAGACUGAUAUACUAAUUGCAAUGCCAACAUGAUUCGUUCGAAAUAUAUUUUGUUUAUCUCACAGUAACAGUUCCUGAAGAUAUUUUACAGAAAGAUUUCUACAGAUUUUUUAACAGAUAUAUCUACAACGAUACGCUAUAUACAAGUUUUCGUUUUUACAUAUCCAAAUAUACAAUAUAAUGAAGUUAACGUUGUUAAUACUCAUUUACAGAAUGAUCCGGUUUUGUUUCUUGAUGGGAAUUUUGGGAUAAUUUCGAUCACGUGGUCACUCUCUAACGAACAGUUUACAAUAUUUGUAAAAUCUCGAUUCAAAUGAAUCGAAAUUAUACUGAAAUAUCCCAGAAAUAUUUCCAUAAACAGUGGUACUCAAAUCUUGAUAUUUCCAAUAUCAAUUACGAAGCGAAAUAUCAAGCAAUUUUUUUUUUCGUAUAGAGAAACAUUUUUAAUAAACGAUAGGAUUUUUCACAGAUUGAGAUCGAUAUACCAAUAUUAUUUGGCAAUAGCUCAGAUAUUUUUGUACCUACCGAUUCUAAUGCAACUUAGCUAUUUACAUUCUUCAGUUAUGGCGACCAUUUCCGAUUCUCUGAUGUUCAUCAUUCAUAAAAAAAUUUCAAAGCGGUUUAACAACUUUCGACGUGAAAAAAAAUUGUACAAAGUCUAUGUUGACGCAAAUUUAUGUAAGAAAUACAGGUUCAAGUAAAGUAGUUUCGAUGUAAUGAAUAUACAAAUUGAAGAAAUACAGGAUAUACGUGAAAUUGUUGAAAAAAAAAUUUGUAAAAAUUAUAUUAAGGCACCCAUUAGGUAUACGGUCAACUUGUACAAAUUUCGAUAUGAUCGAAGGAUUAUAUUUCUCGGAGUUCUUCGGAUAUCUGUAAAUAUUCUCUAGUUUUAAUCCGGAACUGUUUGAAAUCUACGGUUUGAUCAUAUUUUUGGCGCCAAAAUAUAGCCGCUUUUUCACUCUUUGAAUUACGGAAAUUCUGAUAGCUUUAGGAUAGACAUAUGGUAACUCAAUUUCAGUGCUUUUUUUUCUCACCAAUCUGUAACGAACAAAUAAGAAGACACAUCACUAGUAUAAAAAUUUCUUUCUGGAUCGUCUCAAGAGUACUAGAAAUAAUUUUUUCGACUCAUUCAAGUGGAACGUUCAACAAUGAUUUCACUGUGAAAAUGUGUUUCUACUCUUGAGAUGACUCAUCGAAGGCCUUUUCUAAAAUGUUCUUUUGACAAUUUGGCCCAUCACUAGGCUGGAAUUUUUCAGUUGGAAAACUUUCUCCUCAUUCCCGAAAUGACGGAGAAAAUUUUCCAUGGAAAAAGGAUUCGAUAUCAGGAACAUUCUGAUGGCUGUUGUAACAGUAUUUUUAUGUCUAUUUUGCUAUACCUAAUAUUUUUAGGAUUCUUGAAAUGUGAUAAACUCAUCCCUCCUUGGGAUGGACACUAGAUACUAGAUUUAGAAGAACACAUUGGUUAUUUUUCCUGUCUGAAUCGUAACCAAUGUUUUCGCUAUAAGUUCAAUAUGUGUUACCAAUUUGUUCUUUCUUUUAAAUUAUUUCACCUCUAAUUCUUCUAUAUAUUUUUGUACAUUUUUCAAUCCAUAGACUGGUUGUGCUCAUUUUGAAAGUUUUAAUGACAGAAAAACAAUCAUAGCUCAUACAAUAGAUCCGUACUAUAUAUUUAAUCACCUGAGAGCCACCUGCUUUUUUUUUUGUUCCUCGUUAUUUUAUUGCCAAACUCUUAUUCUGCCAAAUAGUUAUCAUUCUCAGCUUUAGUUUAACAUAGUUUGAAAGAUGUGGCAGGUCUGGCUCAGGGUCCAAGUUCCUUUUGUACAAUUCAAAACUGCAAGGAUUCACAACACUUGACACUCUGUUUUGUUGAAACUGAAAUCAUCGAGAGAAAUACCGUGAAGAAUCGAUUUUAUCAAGAAGAACUGCACAAGUCACUAUAUCUCAAUAUAGCACCUAGAAAAUCUAAUCAAAACAUAGAUUAUUUCUUCUGUUGUUAUUUCUCUGAAUGAAUUCGGAUUGUUUUGGUUCUGCCUGUUGAAAAUUUUCUAAAGAGUUAUGAAUCUUUGCCUUCAUAUUCAACAAAAUGGUGCUGGUAAAUUUUAAGUUGUACAUAAUACUAAUCUAAACAGAGACAUUCCUAUCAAAGUAUUAUUAUCAUUAAUUAUGUUUUUUCCACACAAUUCAAUGUGUGUAACUGUAUUUUAUUUCUGUCAAGUUCCUCAAUGUUAUUUUAAUUUGGAAAAAUUAGAAACUCCGGUCCUGGAUAUUAUUCACCGCUUGAAAAUUCACAAAUCAAAAAUAGUUUAUUUAAUUGAAUUGGCUACAUAAAAUAAUAUGUAAUAGUGAAAUUUUAAAGUUGUACUAACCACCGUUUUUUUUAUUGUUUUUUGAGUUUUUGAUUUUUCCAACUAUAAUUUUAUUUUUGUGUUUUAGCACCUUGUCCUCAAAUAAAACUUGUACACAUAUAAUAGACAAUAUCGAACAGGGUAUAUUUUUACAUUGAACCAACAUAAGGUAUACCUUUUUUUUCGUCUACUUUUGGUGAUUAUGUCUGUCUAUAGUGCAAUAAAAAAAAUUAAUUUGAAAAAUUUGGAUCUACGCGUCGGAGCUAGAAAAAAUUAUCACGAUGUUUUCGAGAACCGACGCCUUGUAAAAAUAUAUUUAAUGUAAAUUUCGAGAAUUUUCAAAAUUCUGAAAAAAAGGAACGUUACCCCUGGCAUAAUGUAAAAAUUCAAUGUUGCAAAUCUUAUAGGGUGCAAUUUGUAAAAAUAAUUAGCUCUAGGUUCAUAACGAAGGCGCCUCGUACCUCAGUUUAUUUCAUCAAUCUGAAAAACAGGGUAAAAUGAAAAAAUAUCCAUAGAAUUUAUUUAGAUAAAAAUGCAAUAUAUAAAGUAUACAAAAAACAAAACGAAGAGAAUACAGUAUACAAUAGAGUGCAAUCAUAAAAACGAAUUAGUUUUUCAUCCAACAAAAAAAAACAAAUGGUGAAGAAUUACUUCGUUUUAAUGUACGAGGUGGCAGAAGCGUAAAACGCAUAAUGAAAUUAUAUUAAAAAUAUUGUAGGUACUUACAUUAUUAAAUUAGAUAUUUGAUAUAUAGGUAGUACUAGUUUUUGAAGAUGUUAAAAUAAAAUCGAAUAAAGCUUCGUGAAAAAAA